UAUCGGCGCCCGCCUGGCAUCCAAUAAUUCGCAGACCUCUCGCUAGAGUGCCAUGUUUUGAGUUCGAUCUUGUACACCGUGUGCGUGAAGCGUCCGGUUCACCGAUCACUGUCGAGUUGUAACCGUAUGUGCUGUCGUCGUCACUCUAUUGCCGUCCCUCAUUUCCGUCGUCGGCCUCGCACACGUUGACACGUCCUUUGUAUUGCCAUGGACGUCAACUUGUUACUUCAGCACUCACAAUAUGCGUUACCCGUGGGUAUCGUGCUUGUAUGUGCAAUCCUCGUCUUCGUCUUUGGUUUCAAGAAGGCCGAACAACCACCUUUUGCACAGCUCUCCGGGGGCUCCGACGUGGACCGGAAAUUUGCCAACAAGAAACGGAGCAAGAUCAAAGAAAAGAAAUCUGCUAAUGGCCAAGCUACUACUGAAAAGGCAAGCCCUGUUAAGAAAACUGUGCCAACAAAAGCAGAUGCUUCUAAAAAAGCUACAACUAAGCCAGAUGAAGUGGAAGGAAAGUUGAAGGAACGAAAACAGGAAGAUAACAAAAUUUCUGUGGCUAAAAAAGAUAAAGAUCAAUUAGUAGCUAAAGUUGGAAAAGAAAAUAAAGUUGAGCAAGUAAAGAAUAAGAAGAAUUUGAAGAAUUUGUUCCAAGAGAAACCAGUGGACUUUGAUGAGGGAGACUGGGAGCAAGCCUAUUCUAGAAAAGACAAGAAAAAUAAGAAGAAGGAAGAAGAGUCUCCUUCAAAGAAAAGUAAGAAAAGUAGUAAGAAGGCUGAUCUCAUUAAUGAAGAAGUAGUUAAACAAAAGAUUUCAGAGAAAGUAGAAAUUAAGGAUAAAGUUGCAAAGGAAACUGAAAAUAAAGAACUACAAGAAAAAGAUAAGAAAGAUGUGAUACUUACACCUAUUCCCAAUGAGGAAAUAGUUCCAGAGAAAGAAGAUCAAAAGGAAGAACCACCUAAGAUUGAGAAAGAAGAAAAAGAAGAGAAAAAAAGUGGAAAGUCAAAGAAAGGUAAGAAAGUUUCUGAAAGUGAAAACGCACCUGUGGUAACUCCAUCUAUGCCAAAGGUGGAUAACAAAGUCGAAGAACAGAAACCAAAAAAGAAGGAAAGCAAUGUAGAAAAAGAUUUAGAUAAUUCUGAAGAAAAAAGUACUACUGUGCAAGUGCCGGAAAAAGGUGGUCCUGUCUUUGAUGAACUAGGAGAUGUCUGGACAGAAGCAAAACCUCAAAAGAAAAGUAAAAAGAAAGCUCGUAAAGAUAACUGAGGGUGAUUGAGCAUAUUGAAAAUUAUGUUUCUUGCGAAGAGGAAUAGAGUGAGAAUCCUGCUUGGUCCAAACGAUAUUUGUCAUUUGGAACUUAUCAGGUGUGUUUUAAGUGACUUACAGAUCAACCACCUGACCAAAUUGUUCCUUUCCCUUGUAUAUAAUGCCAAUUGGACUAGGUUGUUCGAUCAGUUAUGUUUUAUAGACUUUGUGACUGCAGGUGCAUAAGUUGAUGUGUGGAGAAAAAAUCGUUGCAAUGAUUUUUUCGACAUACUAAUUGUCUGCUUUAACGAAACUGCCUUGCAUUUAGCGAAAGAGGCAUAAGUCAUAAUUUUCACUAUAAAAUAAUUAUUCUAUAUACCUUAUUCUUUUAAGAAUCUUCGUGUAUGUCCAUAAUGAUGCACUAGUAUUGUAUGAAUUACAGCUAUAACUAUAAUAUAUAUUUAUAAGAUUCUCAUAUUCAGCAUAAAUUGUUCACAAAAUGGUACUUAUGUCUUUUACGUUUCAUUUAGAUAUCUUAAAAAGAAUGCUCGGUUAGAUUAGUUUCAAUUGUUUACUCCUGCAACGAACGUGUUUUUGCAUUCACCUUACUAAUGCUUCGAACAUUCAUUUUAUUUAACUCAUUGUUAUGCAUACGAACGGUUGAAAACCAAAAUUUAGAAAGUAUGAGAUACAUCCAAAAAACAAUAAAGUGCAGGACAAUCUCUUACCGAGAGGAGUUUACAUUACUGAUGUACAUGCCUUUUUUAACGUACCAAGAGAAAUAUUUUCGUACUGAAGACGAGUGAUUCAUUCCAUCGUGUAGAUCCAAAAUUGAAUGCUUACAGAGCUGCAUGUUAUAUUUUAUCACGCAAAGUACAUCAGUAAUAAACUUCAAGGAUUGAUAUGUAUUUAUAAGAGUAUAUAAAUCUGUAACAAAAUUUGUGCCAACUUGUGAAAAGAGGUAAAACGAGGUGCGACGAAAGUCAUUGUGAUUCAUUCAAUAAAAGUUAAUAUAUUUUAGAUAGUUGAAUUUUAUUAUUUAUUUGUUUAUAGAGUAAAUAUAUAAAUGCUUCAUGCUCAAAACUAUUUUUAGUACCGAAACAUUAGCCAUUAAAAAGAUUUUUUCUUUUUAAUCACUCGACUUUCGAAGUACCUAGUUCUUACAUAUAUUUACAAAGAAAGAUAUUGUGUUUUGCCAACAUCGGUCUAGGUACGAUUCUAAACGAUUUGAAUUAUUUCACAAAUAAACAUGAUCAAAUGUCAAUCAAAUGAACAUUAUUUUCUGUGAAUCUUCAAUCUAAACCAGCCGUUCACAUUUUUUAUAGAGUAUAGUAAGUGGGUAUAUUCAUUGCGUAUUAAACAUUGUCCCCGAAAUGAUUUUUUAGGAUAACGGUUAUUUAAUCGUUAAUACUUGUAUGUAUAAUAAUACCACUUACCAAGAUGCAAGAGUGAAACUCUACGAGAGCACUAAUGUCUCAAAGGAUGGAAAAGAUAUCCAUGUCUUUAAAAAUUGAGUACUAUAUUUCAAAGUUCUUCGGCUUCUAUUUUCUGAGAAAAAUAAUUAAAAGCUACAAAAAAAAAGGAAAUUCAAUUCGAAAAAUGACGUUAGUUGCAGUCACUUUUAUUGUAAUAAGUAACGUAGAGGAUACAUCGUAACGUCAUUUGCUCGAACCAAUUUAUUAAUUAGUGUUACAUGUUAAUAUGUAAAGUAUGGAUAAUUAGCGAAGAGAUAAAGGAUUAUAUAUAUACACACACACAUAUAUAUAUAGGGUGUAUGGCGAAUGAAAUAUUGUGAUAAGUAUACUGUAUACCUGAGCGUUACAUGAACGUUGUAAAAUAGUACUAUUAAAUACUAUCGUUUAUAGCUUUUACUUAUAAAAGGAAAAUGAAAAAAUAUCUGUUUUUAAAUAGUUACUGAUAUUUUGUACUUUUGUCCUUGAUAUCUCACGGGCGUUUCUCACAUUAUACUUGUACAUUUUUGCGACGUAAACACUCAUCAUUGACUUCAGUGUUUCGUGUAUUUUUUCAAAAGUUCUCUCAUACGAAAUGCUGAUAUCCAGUUUCCAUCAAACCUCGAACGAGCUUCAAUUCUAUACACAGCGUGAAUUAUUGUUGUUAUAAAAUCUAAUGAAAUACAAUCGUCUGUGUCAAAUGUGUGUCCCCUUCCGCGUGCCAAAAGUAUACUCUACACUUUAUUGAAACCAACUGUUAACACUUGGCGGUUUGCACAUAGCUGUUGAAUUCUUAUUUCAAUAUGUUAAGGAUGAACAGGCAACCUUUGGAAUACUAAGUUGUUCAGAAUUAGCAUAAUAACGGAAAGCAAAAUUAAUAGUUUCUGACCCUGUUACAGUAAUUUUCUACACAGAUAAAAGUAUUUACAUAAGCUUUUAACGUUAUAAAAUUCACUGCUUGUUUUUAACAAAAUUCAAUUUCUAUUAUAUUUUACUGUUCUAUAAUACCUGACGCCAUUUUUUGCGAGAAAUAUUUUUAAUUUGUGAAUACAUUUACUGUAUCAAGUUUGUAACAACAGCACAGUACUGUCAGCGAACCAAAGUGUUAACAAGUUCUGGUAAUGAAAAGUGAUUGACGCUUAUUUAUCGGCUAUCUGUAAACAUCUUUAGCUAGUUUUUAUAGAAGCGUUCGCUUGAUCCAACUUUAGGGAAGAUUUGAAACGUACAUAAAUAUUAUGAUCAGUGGAUUUCUUUCUAACAAGUUGUGAAUCGUUUAUAACGGCACUAAAUACAAGUUCAUGUAUUUUAGUUCUAAAGGCGCAUCGUUCGAAUGAUUCACGGAAUUAUAAACUAGGAUUUCUCUGCGAAUUAAUCGAGCGAGUGAAAUCAUUAGACGAUAACGCGGUUACGGUUCAACGCUGAGCGUCUGAGUUUAUCGUCGAAGUACUUAAGUUUACAAUCGGAACAAUUUGGACAGCUGUCGAGUCAUGCGAUCUAGGUAUAUUUAAUAUUAUCGUAUUUUUCUAUGUACUUGGAUCUCCAAUUCGCGUGAUACGAGUCGCAGCGGCGUUUGUGGACCUCGCGGUAAUAUCAAUCAUUUUCAAAACUUAAUAAUUGAAAGUCUGGAGAUCUGGCAAAUUUGAAAAUUUAAAGUUCUUGAGUUUUAAAAAUGUGACUUUGAAAAUUGAAAAAUUCAGAAACUUGAGAAUUUAGAAAUUUAACUUUAAACCAAAAGUUUUGAUUUCUAGCGAACAAAGUUUGAAAAUUGUGCUCGAUACUAACAGAAUUGAUAUUUCCCGAGUAAAUUUGAGGAAUCGCCACUGAAUAGAUGGACAUCGUAUUUUAAAUAAGAUUUAUAUGGACUUUAUUCACAUGCCUACGGUGCAUUGGUACGUGUAAUCAACUCUUCGUCGCUGGAUAUUUAAUUAAAAAGUCAUGGGAGGUUGAACAUCGAGGACACAAAAAGAAGCUAAAAACUGAAAUUUCGUGCUAAUCGAGAAAAGUGUUAUUGUACAUAUGUAUAUUAAUCAGCAAUGUUCUUUCUAACUAAACAUUGUAUGUGCAA